GAGAUGCAAGAGCAUGCAACGCUACCUGUCACCGUCCCACUCAGUACUUGGAGGGGCGAUUCAUUCUCCCGCUCCUUCCCUUCUAGCUUAAGUGUUGCCAUCUUUGAUGCGACUGCCAGCGCAAAGAAAUGGCGGAUCGAUGGCCUAACGAUACAGGAACUGGAUAUGCUGGCUUUCUCUACCAGAGACCUUGGUGCCGACUCUGACAACAACCUGACUAGUAUCACGAUUCGACUCAGCGCUCGAGACAAAGAGAGCUACCCAAAUGUACCCAGAGCCUGGCUCGCCCUGUUUCUCAGCCGGUGGUAUGGUCUCGAAUCUAUUUGUCUGGAGUUCCGUAGCCGUGUGCUUCGCGAAAACGGGUUGACAACCUCCAUACGGAAGAUUCAAGAUACCUUCGAAGUUUCGAAGGAUCCUCUCUGGCCAUGCAGGCCGGAGGGUCCUGUGACAUGGACGAAGCUUCGCAAGUUAUCGUUGUGCCAUUUCGACUCGACCCCGAAAGCGUUGUUGUCUCUGAUCACCAGACACAGCUCGACCUUGCGAGACUUGAGGCUCAAUGCUAUAUGGCUCGACGGGGAAGGCAGUGUGCUCUCUGCAGAGUACUCCUGGCGAGAGAUCUUCCGAAGUAUCAGAGCAACAACGAGUCUGGAAAAGGUGGCACUGUCAGGAGUGUUUCGUAACAACAGUCACGAAGAUGACGUGUGGGAUUUCAACAACGAAGGUCUUGCAAAAGUCGUGGCUAGUUGGAUUACCAACGGCGCGGAGUGUCCAUUAACAGACAACCUCGAUAGCGUUUGAGAGCCGUUGCGCUGAUAAAGACAUCUCAAACUUUGGUGGAGA